CAACCCUUGUUCUGAAAAAUCCGUGGAAGCGGUGAACGGUGGUGUGAUUGGAUGAUCCACUGACAUUAUCUUAUCAGUGUCAAUACUUCCUUCCUUCAAGCUCCCUUCACUUUCUCCCAGUCGCUCUUUUUCAUCUGCUCCAAUGGAGAGGAUCACUCUGAAGCCGCCUCCCUUUCCAGCUAAGAUGAGCUCGGGAUAUGUCUCGGCUGUUGGUUUCCCCAUGUCAUGCCUGAAGAGUCCAUGUGCCAAUCAAUCCCGAAGGAUUAUGGUUACAAGGGCAGCCAUUGCUCUGGAGCAGGAGACGCAGACCAAGGUCUCCCUUUUAAGAAUAGGCACAAGAGGAAGCCCACUAGCACUUGCUCAGGCCCAUGAAACCCGGGAUAAGCUUAUGGCAACACAUACAGAGUUGGCUGAGGAAGGAGCUAUCGAAAUUGUCAUUAUCAAGACCACAGGAGAUAAAAUCCAAAACCAACCGCUCGCUGAUUUAGGAGGAAAGGGCUUAUUCACAAAAGAGAUAGAUGAGGCCCUCUUGAAUGGGGAAAUUGACAUUGCUGUACACUCAAUGAAAGAUGUUCCUACUUAUUUACCUGCUGGGACAAUUUUGCCUUGCAACCUUCCACGAGAGGAUGUCCGGGAUGUGUUCAUUUCAUCAAGUGCAGCUUCUCUUGCGGGGCUUCCGAUUGGAAGUAUUGUUGGUACAGCUUCCCUCAGAAGAAAAUCACAAAUACUAUACAGAUAUCCUUCACUGAAAGUGGAGGAAAACUUCAGAGGGAAUGUACAGACACGAUUGAGAAAAGUUAGGGAAGGAGUUGUACAAGCAACCUUGUUGGCAUUGGCUGGGCUAAAACGCCUAGAAAUGGAAGAUAAUGCCACUAACAUCAUAUCUGUUGAUGAAAUGCUUCCAGCUGUUGCUCAAGGGGCCAUCGGGAUUGCAUGUCGAAGCAAUGACAGCAAGAUGGCUGAUUACAUAGCUUCACUGAAUCACGAGGAGACCAGAUUAGCAGUGGCAUGUGAGCGAGCUUUUCUUGAGACCCUAGAUGGGUCAUGUAAAACACCAAUUGCUGGCUAUGCAUAUCGAGAGAAAGAAGGGUAUUGUGUGUUUAGAGGAUUGGUGGCUUCUCCUGAUGGCACCCAAGUGUUCGAGACUUCAAGAAAAGGUCCAUAUACGCAAGAAGAUAUGAUUUUGAUGGGAAAGGAUGCUGGCAAGGAAUUGCUUUCGCAGGCCGGUGCUGAUUUCUUUGAUUCUCUCAGAAGAUAGUAGCAAAGAAAGGUUAAAGAUAAAUAGGAGAGGAAUUAGUGUUCUGGGCUGGUGCCUGUCUCUGGCAUUGCUGCCAAUUUUUUUUCCGGGUGUGUCCAAAAGGGAUAAUUCAUCUUUUUGAGCUGUUUGUAUUUUAUUUUAUUUUAUUUUUUUACUGUAGGGGGUAAAUUUGCUUGUUUGUUGUAAAUUUAGAUGAAGCAUUUAACAUUUAUUUAUUUAGAAAUCCAAGAGGGAUUAUUUUUA